UUGCAUGCAAAUUCUCUUACUUUGCACAUGCUGUCCUCGGGAAAGUUAAAGGAGACUGGUGUGUUUGAAGGGGAUGAAGGGCGCAGAGCAGAGUAGGAGGGCAGUUAUUGGAGGCAGAGGGAGCUGAUGGUCCUCUCUUCUCACCACUGAGGAAUUCAUGUGGAAGUGGGAGGCGCCCGAGAAGAGACAAACCCACACGACUGCUGCCCGAAUUUGACAAUUAACCUUGAUGAACACAGAUUGGUUUCACUUAACAGGCGCAGGUGCAGGUGCGUGGAGUUUCCAACACGGCGCAGCUGAGCGAUUCCUGACUGGACACUGACGCAUUUAAUGUCAAACACAGAAAAUAGGAAUAUAGGAUAUUGCAGCUGAUUUUUUUUUUUUUUUUCCCGGGACAGGAUGCACGUUGCAAAGGGAGCCCGUCUGAUACUUCUAUUCCUGCAGAAUCUGAAUUCAGGAGCUUUGUUAAAUUGAUUCGGAGACAUUUUUUUUUUAUAAAUAUAUAUCGGAAUUUGACCGCUGUGUCAUUGCUCAUUCCAGUCCCAGCAGCUGAAAGGCAUCUUCUCAGUGGAAGAGUCAAGCAGUGUGUGUUUGUGUGUGUGUGUGAUUGUGGAGAGGUGGGGGGGGGGUGCAAAAACCGUCCGCUUCACUACUCUCCAUCUGCGCCCCGGACGGCUUGAAAUGAGGACCACAUCCCGGAUCUGUUUCGAGUGAAGAGGCAAGAAGAAGCGGGGCGGCAGUUUCUUCUUCUUCAUCUCUCAAGGACGCACCAAAAAAAAAGUGGCCGCCGGCCGAGAGCUGCUGUACAAGCAUGGAGCGGGACGACGGUGCCGGUGCCAGCGCGUCCAAAAAGACAAUAAUCGCCAAGAUAUUUAAAGUUCGCAAGAGGAGGGAAAUGCUUUUCGUGCAGGUGUGCUUUAUCUGCAGUGUCCUCUUCGUGGCGUGGAGCAUGUCGGCGCUGUUGACCAAGACAGGCCAUGGGAUGAUAGUGGAGGGCCAUCCGGACCGUGAACAUUGGGGAAGACGGUUAAUGGCUUCAACGCCAGAAAAUGCAACAGAGAAGAACUGUUCAGAGCCAGCCAUACACGAGUUCCCUGAUGACUUUUUCACGAACAAUGAACGAAAGAGCGGGGCCAUUCUGCUGCACAUUGUGGCGGCACUCUACAUGUUCCUUGCCCUCGCCAUAACAUGCGACGAGUACUUUGUAACAUCACUCGAGAAGAUCUGUGAGAAACUAGAUCUGAGUGAAGAUGUUGCUGGAGCCACUUUCAUGGCAGCUGGCAGUUCUGCUCCAGAGCUUUUUGCAUCUAUCAUUGGUGUCUUCAUCACCCACGGAGAUGUGGGGGUGGGGACCAUCGUUGGCUCAGCGGUCUUCAACAUCCUUUGCAUCAUUGGUGUGUGCGGGAUCUUCGCCGGGCAGGUUGUGAUGUUGACCUGGUGGGCUGUUUUCAGGGAUUCCUUCUACUAUAUUCUGUCUGUUGUGGCUCUGAUUGCAUUCAUCUAUGACGAGAAAAUUGUUUGGUGGGAGAGUUUGGUGCUGGUAGUCAUGUAUGCAGGAUACAUCCUGGUCAUGAAAUUCAACUCCAGCAUGCAGAGAUUUUUCUCGGGGAAGUCGGACAAAAAUGUGGCCAACGGUAAUGCAGCAGCCAGCAGUGAGAUGGAGGACGUCAAGCCCACCAAGGCUUACAGCCGUGGAUCGGUGGUGAUGGUGGACGAGAUCAUGAACGCCAGCCCUUCAAAGUUCAGGUUCCCAGAGGCCGGGCUCCGUGUCAUGGUCACCAGCCAUUUCGGACCCAAGACCCGCCUGCGUAUGGCUAGCCGCCUCAUCAUAACAGAGCGCCAGAAGUUGGUCCAAACUGCCAAUGGCGUAGAGACACAAGUGAUUGACGGGAAGGUCGACAUCGAGAACGGAAACGUGCCAGAAGACAAACCCACGGAGAAAACGGAAAACAUCACCAUCUCCCCGUUUCACAUUCCAAGGGGUUUCGGCAGUAAGGUGAAGUGGCUGAUCUCGUGGCCUCUGCUCCUGAUGCUGUUCUUAACCGUUCCAAACUGUGCCAAACCUCGCUGGGAGAAAUGCUUCAUGCUAUCUUUCAUCCUGUCUACUGUCUGGAUUGCAGUCUUCUCAUACUUUAUGGUCUGGAUGGUGACUAUAAUUGGCUACACUCUGGGAAUCCCUGAUGUCAUCAUGGGCAUCACUUUCCUGGCAGCCGGCACCAGCGUCCCAGACUGCAUUGCCAGUCUCAUUGUGGCUCGGCAAGGCCUCGGAGACAUGGCGGUUUCUAACACAAUCGGCAGUAAUGUGUUCGACAUUCUAGUAGGAUUGGGGGUUCCCUGGGCGAUACAAACCAUGUGUGUCAGUUAUGGAUCAGAGGUUAUGAUUAACAGUCGGGGGCUGGUGUACUCAGUGGUGCUUCUUCUCGGCUCUGUGGCCCUUACGGUGCUGGGGAUCCACCUGAAUAAGUGGAGGCUGGAUGUCAAGCUGGGCAUCUAUGUCCUGGUCCUGUACGCAGUCUUCCUCUGCUUCUCCAUCAUGAUUGAGUACAACGUCUUCACCUUCGUCAACCUACCCAUGUGCAUGGAGACGUAGAGCACAGCAGCAUGCCUCGGAUACCAAAACCUCAAUGAUCCCAUAUCAACUCCAAAAUUUUUCUCCUUUCUUUUGAUUUCAAUAAUACUGGACCUAUCCACAGACUCGUUUUCUCCUCCUCGUGCUCCCUUCCUCGGAAUUCUUUAGUCCUAAACAUGAAUCGAAUUAUCCCAAGAGGCGGUACACUGUAGGAAUGGACUCCAUUCUGUGUCUCUAUUUUGUCCUCUUGUCACACAGUGCCAGUCCUUAAUGCCCAUUGUUUUUGGGCAUUGCCUGUUACUACAAUUAAGUCUUUAGUUUCUCUGUGCGCCUGUUAACUUUCUACCCAUCUAGCAUGCCUUUUAGAUGUUGGGGACCUCAGAAUCAUAAGUGCCCCUGUUGAUUGUUGGUGUGUGUUUUCACUGUUCACAUUGUAGAUUUCCACACACCACUCCAAAGCCUGUCCACAAACCAAACCAGAGUACAAGAAGAAAAAAAAUACUUACCAAGGAUAUCCUGAUUCCAACCAAAACCUCUCUCCGCUCACCCAACUUCCUUUUAUCGUCUUUCCUAAAAGAAACACCAAAUUACCCAGUACCCAAAGAGGAUAGUACCCUCCUGUUUCUCUUUUGACCCCUGAAGGAGGGUCUUGUCCUUGGCAGCUCCCCUUCUCCUUCAGUCUGGACCGGACUCCCUGGCAUGGCCUUUUGGCAUCAGGGAGAUGUUACCGCUCACUCUGUUCCCCCUCCUCAGUCCCUCCCAACCCUCAUCUGCUUGAUCAAAUCUGCUCUGUUUUCUUUAAAAAGAAAAAAAGACCUUUUGUCAGGACACUUUGUGUCAAAAUGUAUCGCAGUCCAAAUCAGUUGACUGUAAGGGUGUUAUGCAUAUGCAGCACUGCACAAUGUAAACUUGUAAAAUUAUUUUUGUUUUUUGUAUUUAUUUUUUCAAAAUAAGGUUUUGUCUAGUCCGAAACACAGAGGAGAGCUUGUUGCAAAUAUAGGACAUUGCCUGUUUUUCACUGAAACAAAUUGCACACGGAAAUGCUUUUCUUGCUUUGUGCUAUAAGGAGAUUUGACCACUCAGUGGGGUUUCUGGCUGGUGGUGGCCACUCCACUCCAGCGUUAUUUUCAUUCAGCGAUGGGUUGUUCCUCUUUUCCCUCUGCACAACUUCAGAAAAAAAAAUAACUGGCCCCAGAUCUGUGGGAUGCAUCAGGUGACUUGUUCUCAUUCUGAGAGAGCAGCAGCAUGGAGGUGGUUUAAAAAAAAAAAAUGCAAAGAUAACCAGGCAGUUCUCUUCACUGUCUGCCAUAACACCCUCUGGCCAGUAGGGGGUACUGCAUCCUUUCCAUCCAGGGCAGGGGUGCCAACCACAGCUGUCGGUUAUCAGGGAAAUUCAGAGAUGGACAACUCCAGGAGAUGUCAAAGGUGAUGGUUUCUAGAUUUUGAGUUACAUGUAGAUAUUGCACUUUAACAGCCGUCCUCUCAUUCUGAAUCAACUAGUGCUUCCUUCUGUGUGUGUAUGCGUGUGUGUAAUUUCAGUGAAUAUGUGACUGUGUGUGUGUGUGUGCAAGACAACAUUAUGUGUGUAUGCGCGUGUGUGUGUGUGUGUGUGCUCAGAACGAGCCCACGCUAGGUUACUCACACCAGGCUCUCGACUUCCUGAACAGACUGGAACCUCGUUAACAUCUCGAGCACACCUGCCUGUGUCUGCAGUGCAUGCUGGGACAUUAAAACGCAGCUCCUCCACAGCACAGCAAAAGGCUGAGGGCUUCUGGGCGUCUCUAUGGAAACCGCCCGACCCACUUUACAAAUAUCGGCAGCUACAAGCUACACUGCAAUCCAGACAUUUUGAACAUCAUGCAAAAAUGCCUGUGAGGAGUCCACAAGUGAGGUGCAGAGACUUUAAAAACUCAACAAGCGUGUGUGUGGGGGGGGGUGUGGUGUGUCUUAAGUGUUGAAAAUAUUCCUCUGCCUCGUGGUCGGCAGCAGGCACUUGUAUAUGCAAUUUCAGUGUAAAGAAUUUUAAGUGACAGAAGGCCCCUGCGAGGUUGCCAUUUAAAGACGGGGAUCCCGUGGAGAUGUGACGUCGGUUUGUCUAGUAGUACUUGAUGUGUGAGCUCACAGGUGUGUUUGUGACAGCCCAGGACCUGAGCCAAAACACGGACAUUUCUGGAACAGCGGCUUUGUUGAAAAUCGGAUUCCCCUCCUCCCCUCUCCCUAUCCCUCUCCCACAUAAACACCCAUUUCUGCUUUUCUCCACUCUUGACCCCUCUUGCACAAAGGGCAUUAACUCCACCAAACCCUGGCUGAAGGAGCAAAGGGGCAGCAGAGAAUGCAUGGUAUAAUGGAUGGCUUUCCUGCACCACCCUCGGGAUUUUGUCACUUUUCAAUGGACUCAGAAGAGAGCAGACCUUAAGGGGGACAAAAAAAAAAUUAAAAAAAAAUUUAAAAAAUCGGACCCCCUCCCUUAAGCUGCUACUCUGCAGUAUCAGACCGUUUACAGGAUGGAGGUGACCACACAGGGCUGACAGACUCCUCCACACACCCACUGAGAUCCUUUUCACGACCACUUUUCAACCCUCGCACAUCUCAACCUUUUCCAGUGGGUCUUCUGUACAUACAGGACCUAUAUAUUUUUAUUUCUUUUUUUUUUUGGAACUGUGAUACUUAUUCUGGGGAGGGAUAGCUGUACUGUACUUGCAUUGAUUCAGAAUGUGCAGUGUGUUAAGGGUUUUUAUUUUGUGUGUGUAUAUUCUCGUUGUUGUCGAUGCUGCUCUGUGUGGUCAUGUCCCAGUCGCCAGGUUUUGAACGAAACCAUCACAGCAGGAGAAAAAAAAACAACAAAAAAACAUGGCUCCUCUUUGUCCUCCUCUGACACAACAGCAUUCGUUCUCAGCGGUUGUCCUGACUCGCCAUCUUUGUUACCAAGUCACUUUUUUUGAAAGGGUUAAAAAAUAAAUAAAUAAAAAAAAA